AUGACAAAUGGGACACUCUACUGUCUCAUGGACUUAACGGGCACGCGCAUGCGGCGGCCAUUAACGACCGAUUUGAAAGUCCUCACUCUACCGCUCUACGUCGCAGAGUUGGUUGGACUUUUGUCUUUCUACAAACGCUUCUUUUGGUUCGUAUAUAAUUUCACGUUAGCAUACAAUGAAAUGAUGAAGGAAAAGAAAAGGGAACUAUUUCGAAACCUAGACAAAUUCUUCCCCCCGAAAGGCUCUCUGCGCAUCCUGGAGCUGGGCAGCGGAUCCGGGGCGAACUUUGAGCAUUACCCGACGGGCUGCAGGAUCACAUGCAUCGACCCCAACCCGCAUUUCCAAAAGUACCUGGAGAAAAGCAUGGCAAAGAACGACCACCUCUUUUAUGACAGCUUCAUAGUCGCGUCGGGGGAGAAUCUGAAGGCGGUGGAGGACAACUCAAUGGAUGUUGUGGUGUGCACGCUGGUUCUGUGCUCAGUCCAGGAUACGCAGAAGGUUCUGCAGGAAGCAAAGAGAGUUCUGAGGCCUGGAGGAGCAUUAUUCUUCCUUGAACAUGUGGUGUCUGACUCCUCAACCUGGAGUUACUUUUUCCAACACGUUUUUCAGCCUUUCUGGUAA